GGCAUUUAUUGAGCCAAACACACAACUCAGGUCAAACAUUUACGGCACACAUAUAAAUGCCAGUGCCUCACAUAGCUUACGCACAGGGACGUGAAUCACGACCAAGUCGCAGCAAUGUUCUGGCUCAUUGGUUGUUUUGCUCUUGUGGCCUCUGCACUGGGGUGUGGUGUGCCUGCCAUUAGGCCCCAGGUGAGUGGAUACAACAAGAUUGUAAAUGGGGAGACGGCUGUGUCUGGGUCUUGGCCCUGGCAGGUCUCACUUCAGGAUGGUAGAGGAUUCCACUUCUGUGGUGGAUCCCUGAUUAACCAGUACUGGGUGGUCACUGCAGCUCACUGCCGUGUGUCACCAACGAAUCACCGCGUUAUCUUGGGAGAGCAUGAUCGCCAGUACAACAGUGAGCCAAUUCAGGUCAAGAGCAUUGCCAGGGCCAUCACACAUCCUUAUUACAACUCCAACAACUUUAACAACGACAUCACCCUUCUGAGGCUGUCCUCCCCAGUGCAGAUUACAUCCCGCGUCUCUCCAGUUUGUCUUGCUUCCUCCAGCACCAGCAUCCCCUCUGGGACCAAAUGUGUGACCACUGGAUGGGGCAGGACUGGACAAACCUCGAGCCCCCGCUUCCUCCAGCAGACGGCUCUGCCUCUGCUCACCCCCACCCAGUGCAGGAAUUACUGGGGUUAUAACAGAAUCACUGAUGCCAUGAUCUGUGCUGGUGCUUCUGGAGUGUCUUCCUGCCAGGGUGACUCUGGCGGCCCCCUGGUUUGUGAGAGUGGUGGUGUGUGGUCCCUUGUGGGUAUUGUGUCUUGGGGUACCUCCAACUGCAAUGUGAACACCCCUGCCGUGUACGCCCGUGUGUCCUACCUGCGCGGCUGGAUCGACCAGACCAUUGCUUACAACUAAUCUACUGCACAAGCAUGCUUCCGUGUUGACCAACAGCUUCAUAAACGGUUGAUUCGGUCCAGAGCAAACAUGAACUGGACAGUGCUGGGAAUGGUAUUCAAAGCGAGAAUGAUCUGGAAUGAUUCCACUCAACUCAAACAUUAAAUUCUUGAGACAACAAUACAGGGCUCGAUGUCUUUCUUUGUAGACAAAGACGCACUCACAAACGUGUGUGUGUGUUUGUGUGGUAAAGUGGCCUAUUGUAGGAUUUUCUUUUUAGUUUGGGUUAUGGAUGAAUAAAGGAUACAUGCAAAGAAAUCAUGGUGAGGGUUGGAGUAUGUCUCUAGCUAGUUAUUAUUAAACCGUUGUCAUAAUCACCUCGACAUGUGUGUGUCUGAUGUGUCAGCAUGUCUGAGGGCUGGGGGCUUGUAGCGUCCACCUGACAUUUAUAUUGGAGCCCAAAUGCUGACAGUUGAAAAGGCUGCUCAAGGCCAGACGUUGAGGAGUGAUGGUUUGUGCCUUAACUCCAUGGUCCAUGUUCCUUUUAAUGACUCAAUUUUUUGUGUAUUUCUCAAAAGCUUCAAACAAAAUGAAUUCUAAUCAGUGUUGAAAGACACAGCAACCACUUCUCUGACCAAAGAGGAAGUACUCUGACUCAUGCAACCCAUGCUGUAACCUCUAUAUACCCCGACAAACUGAACAAACAGCACUGCAUUUAGAUUCAUUAGUAUUUUCACUCUUUUAUAAUAGUAACCGAAAAAAUUGCUGGAUGUUUUAUUUUGUAAUCUGUACAGUCUUCAUUAUUUCCAGGCUUUCAAUAAGUGCACAUUUUGUCUCUUUAAAGUUCCUCUACUUUUUCAAAAUAUUCUCCUGCUCUUUUUUGUGAUCGGCUGUUUUGAAAAUUGGAUGUUGAUCAGGAAGCACAUGAACAUGGUAAACACAUUCCAUGCAGUUGGUUGUAAAAGGCUCUGGUGGACUCUUGCAGACCAGUGCAGAAAUUUGUCACUCAGCUAUGAUGAUUGUGA